AUGGAUUUCAGUUAUCUUAAGCCUCCUAAAUAAGCAAUGCAAUUAAAACAUUCAGGUAUCUAAAAUAUUUAAUUAGAUGAAUAUAUUAAAUAUUAAGUGGAAGGUAAAUUAAAAAGAAAUGUGUUUUAUAAUGUUGAAUUUGAAGAUAUUGAAGAAGAAAUGAUAUAAAAAUUAGAGGAUCUGAUUAAAAAAAGAAAAGUUUAAUUACCAGAAUAAUGGGAUAAAUAAACUACAUUAAAGUUUUGUUAUUCUGGCAAUUUUGAUAUUGAGAUGGCUUUUUAAACUUUAAUAAAUUAUUUGAAAUGGAAAUAGAAUCCAGAUUAUCAAUAAUUAACAUCAGCAGGAGAAGAUAUCUUAGUAAUAUUAUUAAUUUUAUUUUGAGAAAAAAGGAGUAGUCUUUAGUUUGGGAAGAGACAAACAAUUUAGACCAUUAAUUUUUAUAUAGGUUUCUAAAAUAAGUACAAAUAUUGUAAAAUAUUUAUUAAAAUAAUAGGAAUAAUUACCACCAAUACUUAAUGCUAUGUGUGUGUUAUUAAAUUAUAUAUAAAAAUUUAUGUUAAUACCUUACUAUGUAGAAAAAUGGAGAAUUAUUGUAGAUUUGAAUGAUAUCAGUUUGUUUAGAUUGCCACAUCAAGUAAAAUUGAAUUAUAUGUUAUUACAGAUAAUUAAAUAAAUUAUAGAUGUUACUUAAUCAAACUACACAGCUUCACUAGAAUAAUUGCAUCUACUUAAUCCACCUUUUAUUUUAGUGGCAGCUUGGAAAUUAGUUGAAAGUAUAAUUUCUAAAUGAUAAUUUUAUAGAACUGAUGCAUCCUGAAACUGCAAAAAAGAUACAAUUUUGUAAAGACCCAAGUUAUCUUUAAGAAUAUAUUAAUGAAGAUUAAUUGAUGUUAAAAUAUAAAGGAACAUUACCAAAUAUAACUUGUUUAUGGUAAUUUCAUUAAAUUAACUAAAGGCCAAUAAUUAAUACUUAUAAAGGUAUGGCAGAAAGCAUUCAUAUGUAAUUGGCUGACAGUGCAUAAAAAAACUAUAUGGGAGAAAGUGCAUAUAUGAGUAUGUUAGAAUCAUAAUACUAUACAAUUUUAACUUAGAAAGAAAUAGAAAUAAGUAAACCUUAAAUAAAAGGUUAAUGUUGCUCAUGUAACAUUAUGUGA